AUGCCGCAGGUAGCCACGGCGCGGGGCUCGCCCAUCGGCCACGGCCCCGCCGUCUUCUUCCUCUGCGCCGCGGGGCUGGUCCCCUCCAUUCCAGCCAUGGACCACGCUGCUGGCGCUGGCCCCGCCGUUCGCGGCAAGAGGGCCGCCCGCCAGCCCGGCAGGAACAAUUCCGACGAGGCGCCGCCGAGGAAACACCCCGCGCUGGACGACGGCAUCGGGCGUUUCGAGAAGAUUGAGGGUGAGGAAGGCUUGGUGGAGCAGGUGGACGUGCGGUCUCCAGGCGCCCGAGAUGCAGGAGGGACCGUCGACCUGCUGCAGGACGAGGAGCUGUUCCCAACGCUGGAGGGCGCUCCGCUCACCCAGCAGUACAUUGACAAGACCAGGUCGGACGUUUUGUCCAGCCUGGCAAUCCCGCAGCAGUCUCUCUCGAACCUUGGCUCGACGAUGGGGGGGCACUGCGCGAGCAUCGACAAGGCGGUCGAGAAGCGGGUAUGCAAGGUGGAGCACAGGGUGGACCUCCACGACACGAGGAUCACCAAGCUCGAUGCGGAGCUGCAGGAGCUGCGGGCGGAUUUGACAGGGGAGAUCGACCCGGCGAUCAUCGCGGCGCGCGCUCAAGUGCCACUACCGCGAGAGCAGGUCGCCAAGGCGGUUGGGCCGUGGCCCGCCGAUUGUAAUAUGUCCCCAGCGGACUACUCCGCGGAGUUCGAGCCCGCGGACAAGCGCUUCCAGGUGGUGGUCAAGGGCCAGAAGGCCGAUGCGUCGAGACGCGCGGGACAGGCCGCGGGCGCCCCCGGGCUUCCCGGGCGAGCGUCGCUUUUUGUGGAUGAAGAGACGGGGGUGGUCAGCGCGGGCUGGGUAGAGCUGGCCAGCUUCGACCCUGUUCCUGGAUCACAGCCUCCGAAGAUCCACCUCUGCGUCGAGAAUUUGGGCGCUCCGGGCAUGGGCUCGGAUGCGAUCCGCCGCGCCGUCGCCCAGCUCUUCGAGCAGUCAGAGGCGACAGAGCGGCGCCAGUUUGGCAAGGAUGGGGGCGCGUUUGGGCGCCCUUGCGUCUUUCGGAACGUUCGCAAUUUUGGCCCCACGAGGGAUGAAAAGCUCCAGGCAAUCUUCAGCUCGUGCUACUUCCAGAGUUUCAUGGGGGCCCAUCUUGGCACGGUCUCUCGGGGGGGCCUCUCGCCGCCGCUGAGGGUAGAGUCCGAUGAGUAUCUCAAUGUGGCAGGAGCCAGCUUCGCGGGCAAGCAUAGGGGCUUCAUUUCUGCUUGCGCCGACGACCUAGGCGGAGUAAACCCGAGGCUACGGCCCAUCGCAGUGCACUUCCAAUGGGCUCAGAAACUCGCGGCCCUCAGCCUGGAAACGGCGACGUGCUUCAUUGCCCCGUUAAGCGCCCCCUUCUCCGCCGAGCUGGCAACAAUGUACUCGGAGGCCCUCUCGGAGCUGGUCCCUGAAUGGUCCGUCUUUGUCGCGGCCCCUAACUUUCAGUACCUGGGGAUGUGGGUGGGGCCGGAGUGCAUCUACGCGAACGCCUGCGACGUGGCGUUGCUGCCGCCCGAGAGCAGGCGCAUCGCCCUGCCGUCAGACGCCGCGCUUCGGAUCGGUCGCCAGCACCAGGUCGGCUUCUUCGAGCGCCUGCUGCAUAGGGACGAGCACUCCCUGAGCUUCAUCUCGCGCUCGCAUCUGGAGGUCACCCCAGUGGAUGGUGAUCCUUCAGGUGCCUUCAGGAUCUCGAACCUCAGCGCGAACCCCGUCGGUGUGGGCCCCAAUCAGCUCGGCAAGGGCCAGAGCGCGGUGGUCCACAUGCCGGCGCACGUGCUCUUCCUGUGCGGGCUGAACCCAGGGGCGCCGACCUGCUUCCUGCGGCUGUCGCUGGAGAGGCCCGGCGGAGGUGCGCCGGCCGCGCCGAUGCCCGGCACCACCCCGAUCCUGCCGCCUCCCGCGGCGGGCCCUGCGCCGCCUGCGGCGGCGCCCACGCAGGAUGUCAUCCGGCCGAUGGCCGCCGGCCCCGAGGCCGCCGGCCAGGGGGCCGCCCCGCGGCAGGUGCCUGCGGCCCCGGCGGGCACCGUCUACACGCCGCCGCCCAGCGCCCGCGCCGGCGGGGCCGUCGCCCAGGCGCCGCCGUGGCUGGAGGUGGGCGGCACGGCCGUGCGCGCCGACUUCCCGGCCGCGCUGCGCGCGGUCGCCGUCGGCGAGGGCGUGACCGUGGGGAGGACCCACCAGGCCCAGAUAUUCCGCGAGGCGAUCGCAGAGGCGGUGCUGCAGUUCACCAGCCGUGACCACUUCCGCGUGGACCCCGGGCCCGCGCUGGGCGGCUUCAGCCUGGUGGCGCUGAGCAGCAACCCGCUGUGGCUGGUCCGGGCGGGGCAGCGGUGGGAGGCCCGGAGGCACGAGCCGCUCCGGCUGGCGGACGGCGACGUGGUGCAGCUCUACACCGGCGACGCCGCCCAGCACAACCUGUAUUGGGUCUUCCACCAGCCCGCGGCGGCCGCCGCGGCCGAUGGCGGUGCACCCGCGGUGCCCAGGCAGCCCGCGCCCGGCGCCUGCAGCGGCACGCUGCCGGCGAGCUGCCUGCACGGAGCGCCAGAGGGCGUGCCGCAGCAGCGGGGCGCCGACUACUCCCUGAGCGAGGUGCCGCGGCAGGCUCCCCCAUCCUACGGCGCCGUGGCCCCGGGCGCGUGCCAGGGCACGACGAUCCUGAGCGGGGGCAGGAAGGAGAGCAGCAGUGCCACCUACUACGAGAAGGCCAUCACGGGCUGA